UCGGGCCGCGGCGGCCGCGGGGUGCGGAGCUCUUCCGCCAUGGCGGCGGCGGCGGCGGCCCAGGCCCAACCGCCGCCGCUGCUGCUGCCGCCGCCCGGCGGGGCCGGCACCGAGCGCGCCCUGGAGGAAGCGGCGGCCUCCGGGACUCUCAUCCUGGCCGGGCGCCGCCUGCGCUCGUUCCCCGCGGCUGCGGCGCGGCGCUGGGACCUCAGCGACACCACCCAGGCCGACCUCUCCCGCAACCGCUUCGGGGAGGUACCGGAGGCCGCCUGUCACCUCGUGGCCCUGGAGGGGCUGAGCCUGUACCACAACUGCCUGCGCAGCGUCCCCGCCGCCAUCGCCAACCUCCAGGCGCUCGCACACCUCGACCUCAGCCGCAACCAGCUGAGCUCGCUGCCCGCCUGCCUCUGCCUCCUGCCCCUGCGCGUCCUCAAUGCCAGCAACAACCGCCUGGCCCAGCUCCCCGACAACAUCGGGGCCCUGGCGGCCCUGCGGCAGCUGGACGUGAGCUGCAACGAGCUGCGGGCGCUGCCACCGGGCGUGGGGCAGCUGAGGGCGCUGCGGGACCUGAACCUGCGCCGCAACCUGCUCACGGUGCUGCCCGCCGAGCUGUCGGAGCUGCCCCUCGUGCACCUCGACUUCUCCUGCAACCGGGUGGUGGCGAUUCCCCGCUGCUACCGGCGCCUGCGGCAGCUCCAGAGCAUCCUCACGGACGGCAACCCCCUGCAGUGCCCCCCUGCGCAGGUCUGCCUGAAGGGCAAAGUCCACAUCUUCAAGUACCUCGAUGCAGAGGCUGCUGCCACCCGGCCCCCCCCGGCGUGCCCCACAGCGGAGCUGAGCCCCCUCCGGCAGCGCCAUGGGCUGGACUCCGGCUUCCACAGCGUGGACAGCGGCAGCAAGCGCUGGUCCGGCAACGAGUCCACAGAUGAGUUUGCGGAGCCGCAGCGGCUGCCCCGGGGGAAGCGCAAUGCCAGUGACAGUGACCCCGAGAAGGAGGAUGAGGAGGAGGAGCCCCCCCCGCAGGGCUUGUCCCCAGGGAAGGCGCCUGGUGGCAGCCAUCCGGAGCCGGGCCCCCCCCACCAGCCCAGGAGCACCCCGGCUCCAGCCAAAGCCCCCCGAGCCUCCAGCUUCCUCUUCCGCACCCCCCCCCGAGCCUCCAGAGCCGCCCCCCCGGACCCCGGCGAGGGGGAGCUGAUGGCUGAGAUGCAGCAGAGCAUCGAGUCGCUGCUGCAGCUGCGCCUGGGCAAUGAGGAGCUGCUCUCCCGCCUGACCCAGCGCCUGCGGCCCCCCCCCGCUCCCAAACUGAGCCCCACAACCAGCCACCAGACCCGGGACCUGCGGCAGGCACAGCCCGUCCCCCCCGGGCUCCUCGCUGGCUUCGCCCUGUUCUACGGCCUGGUCAUGGCGCUGCUUUAUGUGGGGUACCGAGCGCUCUUUGGGUGCUGAGGGGGGGGGGACACCCCCAUGGGCCCCCCCACCCAUGGGGACAACCCCCCCAACCCACCAGCACCCCCCCCCCCCCCCACCGCCCCAUCUUGUGCCUUAAUGCUGGGGGAAACUGAGGCGGGGGGGGGGGGGGGAAGAGCCUUUAAUGAGUAAUGGGGUGACCCCCCCUUAAUUAAGGGUUUUAAUUAAUUAUUAUAACGGUUAUUAUUCUAAUUAAUUAUUCUAAUUAAUAUUCUAAUGAUAGAGCCCCCCCUUAAAUUAUAUUUGCUAUAUAUAUAUAUAUACACGUGCA